AUGUCAGUGGAAGAAUCGAUUUGCGAGGAUAAUUUUGCUGCGACGACCACGAGAGAUGCCUCUGGCCGAUUCAUUGUCGAACUUCCGGUAAAACCGUCCGUUGUGUCCAUGUUGGGAAACUCCUACGAAAUCGCCAAACGUCGCUUUCUGUCGGUGGAACGCCGUUUACAAGCCAACCCUCAACUCAAAUCCGCAUACUCGGCUUUCAUCGAAGAAUAUCUUCUGUUAGGACACAUGGAAGAGAUUACUGACAUCACGGUACCCACACAGUACACCCCCUACUACCUCCCACACCACUGUAUUCAGCGUCCGGAUAGCUUGACCACGAAGCUUCGCGUCGUGUUUGACGCAUCUUGUGUGACGGAUACUGGCAUUUCACUUAAUGAUGCGUUGAUGGUGGGGCCAGUAAUACAAGAUGAUCUUGUAUCUAUUAUUUUGCGUUGGCGAAUUCAUCAAUUUGUAUUUAUUGCCGACGUGGAAAAAAUGUUCCGUCAAAUCCUGAUGCAUCCCUCGUUUCGAUGUCUUCUGCGAAUACUCUGGCGAGAUGACCCUUCCCAGCCAAUUCGGAUCUUUGAACUGGCAACGGUUACUUACGGAACCUCUUCGGCACCAUACUUGGCCACUCGAUGCUUGCAAGAACUCUCCAAAGUAGGUCUACAGUCUCAUCCAGAUGCCGCAGAAGUUGUAAGCAAGGACUUCUACAUGGACGAUUUGCUAACGGGAUGUAGAGAUGUAGAAUCCGGAAGAAUUCUAGUCAAUCAGCUGCUCUAG